GCAUACCACCCACCCGCAGCCUGUUCCGCACAGGACCAUGAUGCUCCGUGUUGUCAACAGACUAUGUCAACCAAGUCGAUGGAAAUGCAGCACUGCAGCUUCUGCACGGUUACGGCUCCAGCCAACAUCCGCCGAGACUUACAGACAGAGUAGCACCUUCGUGUCCAAGCACCAUGUGCUCGAACAAACUGAUGUUGUCGCUUUUCUGGACCAGCGCUCCAUGGAGUUCAGGGUGGCGGGCGGCGAGGUGGUGGUCAAAGAGUGCCCGUUCUGCCAUGAUACUGGUGGAAAGGCGGAUAACAUGUGGAAGCUCUACAUAGGUCUCAAUAAUGGGGGUGCGUGGAUGUGCCACCGAUGCGCUGCGUCAGGCUCGUGGUACGACCUCAAGCGACGAGCUGGGAGUGGCGGUGCUCGAUUCGUGAGCCAAGUCGCGAUGCCACGGAGUGCAACCAGUACCCGAACCACACUAAAUCCACGCCGGACACGUGGCGAAGAGUUUCACGUGACACAACAACGAGCUGCUGGGCUUCGGCCGAUACCAGAUGAGCAACGCGCGCGGUCUUAUCCGUCCAACCUUUUGCACAACCCGCGCUUUGACCAAGUGAUGGAUUACCUGAGCGGAACGGAACCAGGGCAACGGGGCAUAAAGAAGGAGGUGCUGGUCAAGUACGGCGUUGGCUGCGCUGUCUACAAGUAUCCGAGUGAGGCAGGCUACGUCGAAGCUCAAAGCAUCACGUUUCCAUGGAUCGUAAACAAGAAGGAUAUUCCAUCGGAGGAGGUCAAGGGUUUGGAAAAGUUCGUCAAGGACAAGUACGGGGAAAAAUCGCGCAUCCCUGACGCCGUCACAGUCCGCGUCAAAGCCCGUGCUGUUCGAAACAAGCAGUGGCAAAGGCUAGACCCUGCAGGAGGUCGGUGGGGGAUCUUCGGCCUCCACACUGUGCCGGAUGGCGCCACGGAAGUGGUUUUGACGGAGGGAGAGUACGACGCCAUGGCUGUGUACCAAGCCACUGGCAAGCCAGCUGUGUCCUUGCCAAACGGCGCAAGUUCGCUGCCGCUAGAGGUUCUUCCUCUUCUGGAGCGAUUCAACAAGGUCUACCUCUGGAUGGACCACGAUGGGGCAGGGCAAGCCGGGGUGGACAAGUUUGUUCUGAAGCUGGGCACUCGGCGUUGCUUAGUGGUGAGACCACUUGAGGACGAUCCGAACCCGCCCAAGGACGCCAACGAGGCACUUCUGGCUGGCCGGAAUCUUCAAGAGUUUUUGGAUGGAGCGAGCUCCACAAAGCAUGAUGACAUCCAGACCUUCCAAGACCUUCGCCAGAGUGUCAUUCACGAGCUACAGAAUCCUCUGGAGUAUAGUGGGACAGGUCUGCAGUCCUUCCCGCGGUUCACCAGAAUCAUCAAGGGGCUUCGGCGUGGGGAGCUCACUGUCCUCACUGGCCCCACUGGCUCCGGGAAGACAACGAUUCUCAGCCAGCUUUCGCUUGAUCUAGCGGCAGGAGGGCUUAGCACGUUGUGGGGCAGCUUCGAGAUCAAGAACACGAGAUUGAUGCAGAAGAUGCUUCACCAGUUCGCGGGGAGACCUGUUGCAGAUCUCGCUGGGUCACCAGAAUCGCUGAGCGCAGUGGCGGACCGCUUUCAGGCUCUUCCACUAAGCUUCUUGCGUUUCCACGGUGGAACGGAUGUGGACGAAGUUUUAGACGCGAUGGACUACGCUGUCUACGCAAACGACGUUCAACACAUUAUCCUUGACAAUCUGCAGUUCAUGCUUACUCGAUAUUCCCGAGAGGGACAUGGUGGUAAACGACCAGGACCUUUCGACAAGUUCGACGCACAGGAUCUUGCUCUGGACAAAUUCCGAAAAUUUGCUACCGAACACAACGUCCACAUCACGCUAGUGAUACACCCCCGGAAAGAGGACGAAGGAUACAAGCUCACCACAAGCUCCAUUUUUGGCUCGGCGAAGGCUACCCAAGAAGCGGACUUGGUCGUAAUCUUACAGAAUCAUAAAGGCAACAAGUCGCUGGAAGUAAAGAAGAACAGGUUCGACGGGGACCUUGGCGAGGUACAGUUAGUGUUUGAUCCACAUUCAUCCAGGCUUCGCGAGCUCCCAGGACCUGCGAGCUGAUCUACGUGUCAAGAUACUUAAGGGUGCACCGUAGUCCCGUGGACUGGCGAGAGGCACACGGAAAUGGUACACAAGUGGUGCCAAAGGGCGUGUCUUGCUGCUCCGUGUGCUUUUCGUCUUGGGUGUGAUAAAUAAUCAACAUACAGUGGAACCGAUUGUCCCACAUUUUUGGGGCGGGGUGAUUUUUUUUAACGGGUUGUCAACAGAAAUGGGCGACAAACAAAUGUGCGUUGGAAAGCUCUCGCCAGUAGCUUUCGAAUAAGCCGUUCAAAAGCGGUGGGUUCGCUCUGGAUCAAGAGUUAUGGAGCUAGUACCAUCGCCAGCGAAGGUACUUUACUCCACUGAAUCCUCCAUAUCUCGACAACUACGGCGAACCCACCGAAAAAAGUUGCAGAUAAUUGACGCUCUCUUUCUGUUCUAAUUAAUGGCGUUGGUUCCAUUUUCGAACCUUUUUGAUAACAUGCCGCAAAAAAUCAGAAACAAGAUUUUUCAAAAAAUUGCCCACAUCAGCCCCAACGGCUGGAAACAAAACAAGCUAGCGGUGCACGCACUGCACGCCCAUGACCUCCAUGCUUCGCCCUGAGGCCCAUGCGGCCAUCAGGGAAGCCCUGACUAGGCGUGGUUCUAAGUUGACCUAAAUGGUUGCUUCUAUCGGUUUCGGUUUGUCCACGAAGUUUGUUGUCCGUGUUUUUUUCGAACGGCUGCGUUUCCCUCCCGGUCGAUAAGAUCGGUAGUAUUGGGCGUGAUGUACUGUAUGUAGGAGACUAGUUUUUGGCAAAUGUAAAAAUUAGUGCGAGGGAGUGUCGUCGAGUGUAAAUACAGGGUUUUCCCAACAGGGUUUUCCAACGAUGAAGCGAAAACAACGAAAUAUCAAGCGUUGAACGAUAAGUUUUGC